AUAGGGCGGCAAGACAGGGGAGGAUGUAGCUCCAAUCCCUACUUUUUUGGAAUACAAUAGCAGACACAUCAGAAACGCAGCGGUCGCUGAUGUAGCAAAAUAUGGAGGGGGACCCGAAGCUCAAAGGAGUACGAUACGUUUUGGUGGUUUGAAGUCACUUUUCAAGACCAGAUUUGCUUUUAAAGAGAAGUCGUAACAAUGCGUUGCACGGACACAAGCAGGUCCUUGGUGAUUGUGCUUUGCCUUUUGGGAUGUAAUGUCUGGAAAGUGGUUACUAAAACCCUGCAAAAGGAUAGUGAUGCUAAAGAGGUGACCCUGAAGGUGCACGUGAGUGACUCCACUACUCAGCAGCCUCUGUCUGGCGUGGCGGUGGAGGUGUUUGCCAACCACACCUCGGUUGCUACAGAGACCUCCCUGGGCGACGGCAACGUCUUCCUGCGCUUCAGCUAUCGCCUGGGAGACCCGCUCGUCGUCACGGCAACUAGGCGGGGAUACGUGCCCAACUCCGCCCCCUGGAGACCCACCAGGCUGCCAGUCUUCUCCUCUCUCAGUCUGGACCUGCUGCCGGAGAGAGCGGCUACGCUGAUGGUGUAUGAAGACGUGGUGCAGAUUGUGUCGGGAUAUCAAGGUUCCAGGCUGCAGCCGUGGGUCCAGUUCCAGCGUCGAGCGUUGAGUCUCCCGCCCAACACCUCCUACACCAACCUCACCGCACUACUGACCGUCACACACUCGCCCAACGACGCACCACGCCUGUCAUAUCUACAGGCCCUCAACGCAAACACUACAGGGGGUUUCGAGUUGACUCCGGUGGCUGCAAUCAGUGUGCACCUGCUGGGCAGUGAUGGGGAGGAGCUUCAGGUCAAUGAGCCAAUCAGCAUAGGCGUGCCGCUCCCUGCCAAUAGCGGCCUGAAGGAGAAUGACCACAUCCCCGCCUGGAGAUUUGACCCCAAGCAGGGUGCUUGGCUGAAGAGCAGUCUGGGCUAUGUGCAGAGAGACGGAGACGAUCUGAUCCUCACCUACAUCGCAUCACAGCUGGGAUACUGGGUCGCCGCCAUGUCUCCCCUCAACACAGGUCCCGUGGUGGCGAAGGACAUCAGCACGUACCACACGGUGUUCCUGCUGGCUAUCCUGGGGGGCAUGGCCCUCAUAUUGCUGCUGCUGCUCUGCCUACUGCUCUAUUACUGCAGGAGGAAGUGUGGCUCGUCGCGGCCCUCCCACAGGAAGCUGGUGCUCUCCUCGUCUCUGGAGGCGUCCAAGCGCGACCAGUCCACCUCCAUGUCCCACGUCAACCUGAUCAGCGAGACGCAGCUGGAGGCACACCUGGACCACCUCACCAGCCCCCCCGGGGGCCCUGAGUCUGACCUGUGCACCCCCAUGCUGAGAGCCGUGCCCUACGUGGCCUCCUCCUCCUCGGCCGACGAGCUCAGCACCUCCCACCUGCCGCGCUCCGGACGCGCCUCCCGUAACGGCGGCUGCGGCGGAGACUCGGGCCGGUUCCGGCGCUCUGCCGACACGCUGGAGCUGCGGACAGUGGGAGGAGGAGGAGGAGUAGACCCCUCAGAGUCGGGUUACCGUCGCAGCUGCACCUCCGUGCUCUCCUCCUCCAUGCAGCCGCUCCACUCCUCCGUGUCCGUGUCGGCCUCCUGCUCCUCCUCUCCGCACCCGCUGCUGCUGCGCUCCUCCACCGCGGAGGACCGCACGGAGCACCUGCAGAGCCGCCAGUCGCCCUGCAGAGACACCCCGUCCUGCUGCAGCCCUGGCCCACACUCGCCAUGUAUAGAGAUGGGUCUGGAGCGAGGUCCCCUGUUGUCGCGCUCGGUGGACGCCCUGGAGCGCGGGCCCCUGUCCCUGUCCCUCUCCCUGCCUCCCCCCGGGGCCCUGCUCUGCUGCAGCUCCGAGCUGGCCGUCAGCCAGGCACAGCAGAGACUUGGAGGAGCACUGGGAGCAGCAGGAGGCUACAUCAGGCCCAGGCCCACGCUGGUGAUCCCGGCCCACUACAUGCGUCUGCCGGGUACGCACCCUCUGUCGGGCCAGGCCCUCCUGCUGCAGUCGGACCAGCGCAGCGAGCUGGAGAGCAUCCAGGCGGAGCUCGCCGCAUCCCAUCAACCCCUGGGGCAGGGCGGAAUCGGAGGAGGAGGAGGAGGAGGAGGAGGGUUGUCAACGGCAACGACAACAACAGGGGCCGGCGACGGAAGAGAGUCCAGUGGAGAUGGGAUGGGAGAGCGGGCAGUAGGGGCGAACGGCAGCGAGGGCAAAGUGGCCAAUGGAGACCCAGGCAGAGUAGGAGGAGGAGGAGGUGUUGGAGAUGGAGGACCAGGAGCUCCAGGAGGCGUAGGCGUAGGUGAGAUCCCCCCCCAGCAGUGGAGCCAGAGGCUGGGCCAGUCGGGGCUGGGUGUGGACGUGGUCCAGAUGAACGGCGAGGACCAGCUGCUGGCCGAGAAGGCCCUGCUGGAGCUGCGGGGGGGUAAGCCCCUCACCCACCCCCGCGCCUGGUUCGUCUCCCUGGACGGACGCUCCAACGCCCACAUCCGCCACUCCUACAUCGACCUGCAGGGGGCCGGGCGAACGCCGCAGGGGCAAGGGGGGCGCGCCAACGACGCCAGCCUGGACUCUGGGGUGGACAUGAUGGGGGAGGUGAGGGGUGGGGGUGGUGGGGGUCCGGGACCAGGGUGGAGGAGAGGAGGGGGUUCACAGGGCAGUGGUGGUGGUGUUAGUGGGGGUGUUGGAGGGACCCCUCCUCCUUCAGCUCGCCAGACACCGCCACCACCGCUACCACGACAGUCGCAGUCGCCCUCGACACCCCCCACGCCUCCGCCGCCCGCGCCCCCCGGCGUCACCUACACACAGCUGGUGUUCCUGGAGGACUCCAACGGCAACAGCAGCACGAGCUGCACCCCCAUACACAGCCCUCAGCUGGACCUGCACCAGCACCGAGGAGAAGAGGAGGAGAAGGAGAGGAGGAGAGGCAAGGGACUCCUGCAACAGCAGCAGGAGGAGGAGGAAGGGGACUGGGGUUCCUCCACCUCCCCGUCACCUCCCUCCCCCUUACCCCCUCCGCUCCACUCGCCUCCUCCUCUCCCAGAGCCCAUGGACGAGGAUGAGGAGGAGGAGGACGAAGACGAUGAUGAGGAUGAUGGUUUUGGGAGACAGCUGCCGCCCAGUGCCAGCGCGCCUGACGAGCUGGUCGCCCCGGACGACAGCGGCGAGGACGAGCGGGACAAGAAGAGCCCGUGGCAGAAGAGGGAGGAGCGCCCCCUGCUGGCAUUCAACCUCAAGUGACCUCCGACCCCCCGUGACCUUUCACCAUUCACCUCUGAACUCUGGGCUCAGUGGGUUCAUCGCGUCAUCUAACCUCCCGUCUUGUCGCCUUGCGCUUGUCGCCAUGCGCUUCGCUGACGUCCUUGGAGAAAACGACAAGGUUUUCCCACGGUCAUCCUAGGCACAACUUUUAAGGCAUCUUAAUUUUCUCCAUUCUCAACAUCCCGCUUGUAAAUGAGAAAAUGACCUUUGCAUUGUGCUUUUUGCGAAAUGUUAAAUAAAACUUCUCUCGUCAAUGACGGCUUGCCUCGCAUCUCGAAGCCACAAGCACAAGAUGAGGACGGGAGGUUAAAUAAUGGGAUGGACCCCAUGACUUGUCGCAGUCCCUCCCUCCGCCUGCCUCUGCCUGCCUGUCUCGCAUGGGUCUGUCUGUCUGCGCACAAACAACAUUCGGAGGAGGUUAAGGAGGAGGAGAGGAACUUCUCUGAUCAUAGAGGGGUUUUCUUGUCUUUACUCGACGGGACACACAAAUGUUGAUUUUAUGAUGCGUGCCUGUGUGUUUGUAUUGUAUGAACUCCCAGAAAGCAAAAAAACCCUCAGCAGUUGUGAUGCCGUAAGAGAAUCUAUUCUGCGUGAUUCUUGUAAAGACAGUGUCUUGAUAUAAGAAGGAAUAAACAGAGAAGACUAUAUGAUGGAGAGAAACCAUUACAGGUUUACACACUACUACACCACAGCCCAACGCCCCCCAGUGGCCGCCUGUGAACACAGCACUCUGCUUCCAAAACAUGCUGCUGCUUUGCUUGAACCGUCGCAAACUGUUGUUUGAAGUGGACUUCAGAACAUGUGAAGAGAGAUUUUUUAUGAGGUGUCUCACUAUCUGCAGGCAGGAAAGAGCCAUAAGUAAUGAUGGAUGGACUCACACAUACAGAUUAUACACACACACACACGCACAUAAACACACACACACACACACACACACACACACACACACACACACACACACACACACACACACACACACACAUGCACACACGCACACACCCACACACAUUGUAGGCCUAUGCUUCCUCACGUGUCAGGUUGUGCAGUGCUCUGCACUGACUGAAAAAGAGUGAUGGAGUCUGGCCUGGACUGAUGGAUCACAGACUGGAGCUGAAGCAGAAGCAGAGGUGUCAAUGUAGGGCAGGCGUUCAAGAAUCCGCAAAAAACGUCUUGCCAGCUUUAACUGUCUCUUCCUUGUAGCACAGCAGAGACAGGCAGAGUCAGGUGACAUCACUGGCUAGUUGAUCUACAUCACAAUGCCAGUCUUGGGAUGCAUUUCUCGAAACCAUAGUUGCUAAUUACGUUAGCUACUUUGAUGUUUGCCAAUGCCAUUUCCCAUUGGCAAUUACAUAAGUUGCUAACUUGCUAGCAACUAUGCAUUUGAGAAGCACACCCUUGAGUGCUCACUACCAUCAGCUUCAGAUUCAGGUGUGCGUUUCUCGAAAGCGCUGUUGCUAAAUAACUUGGUUGCAAUGCAAUUUCCGAUUGGCAACCUACUAAGUUGCUAAUUGGUCUGCAAAGAUGCUGUCGACAGAAACGGGGCUAGCGCUGGUUGGAUCAAAUAUGUGGCAGUGGUUUCGUUUUUGUCAGGGGGCUCAAAUCCCAAGAUGGCCGCUUCAGCAAUGGCUGCUGCCUGCAAAAAUGGACCAGGGUUGUUUUUGUUUGUUUGUUUGUUUUGUUAGUUUGUUUUGCUCUCUGGAUCCGUGAUUGACACCUCUGCUUCCAAGAUGGCCGCCUCAGCAAUGGCUACUCCUGCCUCACUUCUCUUCGCUCCUCAACUCAAGACACUCAGAGAUGUUAUAUGGACAGUCGAGAGGGACAGCUGUGCAGCUAUGCAACGCUUUUAUUUUUUUAACAUUGACAUUUAUCCCCACCCCUCACCACGGCUUCCUUUAAGUGCUGGUUUGAACCACUACGCAUUAUUGUUUUAUAUAUAUAUAUAUAUAUAUUAUUGUCGUUUUAUUAUGUUAUUAUUUUACUCACGUUUUUUCAAGUCUUUUAAGGCACUGUCUUAUCUGUCUAUAUUCUUUGUUUAUGUGAACGGCUGCAUGAAUGAAUGGAUGGAUGGUUUAGUGGUAAAUGUUUACAAGCAUUAAAAACUCACUCACUCAAACAGGCAGACAGACACAGAUACACACAGAGCAGAGACACGCACACCAAACCAAACCCACAGACAGAUACAUGUAAUGUGGUCCUUAAACCAAAUAUUGAGUAGUGGGAACGGGUUGAGAUGUAGCUUACAGUACUAUCUCGGCUCUAAGUGCCUUCAUGAUCAGCUUCAGACUGAUGCUCCUCUGCUCUCCACCAGCCAGUUCUUUUUUCUAUUUUUUAUUUGGUCUUUUUCAACUUUUUUAUUUUAUUUGAUAGGACAGUGUGAGAGGUGGACAGGAAGCGAAUUGGGAGAGAGACGGGGAGGGGUCGGCAAAGGACCCGGGCCGGGAAAUCGAACCCGGGUUGGGAAAUCGAACCCGGGUUGGCCGCGCAGUAGACGAGUGCCCUACCAUAUCAGCCACGGUAUGGCCGCACCAGCCAGUUCUACUGGUCCUCAGAGAUGACCUGGCCAGUUUAGCCCUCUUUGCAUUCGUUUGUGUGAAUUUUUAUUUAUUUUUUUUCACAAUCAUUUUAUACAGUAGUGACUCCACUGCUAAUCUGUGAGAGUCAUAUCUUCUUACUGUACUGUAUGUUGUUAAGUCCUACCCCUUUAUCCUGCCUUUUCUCUUUUUGCCUAUCCUCUUUCUUUUCUGUUCUCUUCUGCAUGGGUUCUGUUCUGUACUAUACUGCAAGGGUGGGAAACCUAUGCCCCUAGGGUCGUUUACGGCCUGUGAGGCCAUUUUAUCCAGCCCCCAACAUAAUUUUAAUGUUAUGUAGCUUCACGUGAAAUACUACAACAUGUUUUGUAAGCAAUCUUAGAGAUUACAUUUGCACUACAAAUUUCUGUAAGAUAUAUUUUCAGGGGACUUGGUGAAGGUGGGGUGUGUGUUGUAAAUGUGGCCCACCUUCAAUAUGAUGUAGGCCUAAAGAGCAGUGGGAAAAUCCUGGUUUGUGUCCAUAGAAGGGCUGCACAAUUAAUCGAAAAAUAAUCAAAAUCGUGAUAAAGUAGUGAAAUCGAACUCAUGAUUUUAAUCGUGAUUUAAUCGUGGCAAUAGUGACCUACUUUUUAGAGCGUCCUUGAAGCCAGAACAUACUGACAGGCUGGUGUUUCUGGCCAGAAAUCUGUCCACUUGAGUUUCAUGCUAUUGCCUUUACAUAAUUAUUACGAUUCAUUUUAUUGUGCUUAUCCCGUAUGUAAUUCAUUCUUGGUUAUAUUUCAUCUUGUUAUAAUUUUCAAAAAAAUCCGCAAAAAUCAAUAAUCGUGAUUAAUAAUCGUGAUUAUGAUUUUGACCAAAAUAAUCGUGAUUAUGAUUUUGACCAAAAUAAUCGUGAUUAUGAUUUUUUCCAUAAUUGUGCAGCCCUAGUCCAUAGUACAGCCCGUGGAGAACUUAAUAAAAUUUGAUGUGGCCCUUUGAAUGAAAAAGCUUUAACCGCUCCUACACCCUUCUCUCCACAUCCUUCCCUUUGUCUGACUGUUUUUCCCUUUCUGACAUAGUUUGUAUUCUCUCUUUCCACCUUUGCCCCCCUCACUGUAAAAAAAAAAAAUAUCACCAGUUUGCCUCAGAAUCCCAAGUUAAUUUAAAUCCUUAUUGUAGCCUAAAUUGUGUUAAGCUUUUGAAUUGCAGCUUUGUGUUCAAAGCUCCACACAACUUAAAGUAAGGAUUUAAAUUAACUAGGAACUCUGAGGCAGCUUAACCAUGCUGAUUUUUUUUUUACAGUGUUCAUCUCUCUACCCUGGACUGUUUGAUUAAUCCUGCAGCUCUUCUCUCUUCUUUAGUUUAGUUUAUUGGUUUAUCUGACAGGGGCCGUGUGCAGGACAGUUCCUGUACCAGUGUUAGCUAGUACAAAGCUAAUUUGCAUCUGUGGUCCCUGGGCAGGAAGCUAUCAAACAAACACACACAUUAAAACACUUACAAAAGUUACACACUAAAAGCAGUCAUUUCUUAUGGUCCUAUAUCUCCUUUUCUAGCCUGUCCCCUAUCAUGCCCCUCUUUCUCCUGCCCUUUGCUGUCGGGACCAUCCCAGAGUCGUCCAGCGGUCCAUCUCUCUGUAGCCUCUGUAGCAUGGUGGCUGUAGCAUCAUGACUUAAGAAACAUGGCUCGGGAAUGUGGAAUGGAGUCGUGCUGUAGCUUUGUCCAUGGAAGUAUACUCGCAGUCACGUGUGUGUGUGUGUGUGUGCGUGCGUGCACGUGUGUGCGCGUGCUUGUGUGUGCGCGCUUGUGUGCGUGUGCGCGCUUGUGUGCUUGUGCUUGUGUGUGUGCGCGUGUGUGUGCACGCGUGUGUGUGCGCAUGUGUGUGCACGCGUGUGUGUACGCGCGCAAGAGAGAGUUUUGUACAUCCACAUCCAGUAUGUCUGUGGUCAUUCUUUAGCAAACACUUUGUUUUUGUUUUGGCUCUGUGUGUUAACCUUUCUGUGUCUUUCAUUUUUAUUUUUUGAGCACAUGCAUACGGUAUACCUGUGUAUGUUCUUGGUAAACAUCUUCAUCUUUGGCCUUGGUGAAGGUGUGAUGCCAUUUUAGCGUGCUUGGAAUGUGCACAUCUUCCUUUCCUUAUGUGUGUGUGUGUGUGUGUGUGUGUGUGUGUGUGUGUGUGUGUGUGUAUGUGUGUGAGAGAGAGAGAGAGAGAGCACGGAAGAGAAGGAGAGAGUGGGUGAGCAUCUAAGACUAAGACUCUAUGACGUCUCUCUUGAGAUGUUAACGUUGUAUGUAAUGUACUGAGGUGUGCACAAUUCCUCCUGCUGCAUGUAUUGUGUUUUUUAUAUAAGUAAGGAAGAGCACUCUGUUUACGCUUUUGUUACCUUGACAACCACUUUACGAAGAUUCCACUGCACAAUGCCCUUCAGUUGAGCUCUCAGUGGGUGCAUCCCAAUAUGUGACCUUGCCUCCUCCACUUGUGCUUGUCUCCUCGCCCCGCCUCCUGGCCCCUCCUCCGUGGAGAAAACGAUAAAGUUUCCCAGCUGUCAGCCUAGCCACAACAACUUUUGAGGGACUGUUUUUCAUUCACCAUAACAAUUGCAAAUGAGAAAAAGACUCUACAAUUGAGCUUUUGCAAGAUAUUGAAAUAUAAUGCUGUUGUCAGUGAUGUCAUCAUGACGAGAAGCGAGUGGAGGAGGCAAGUGGAGGAGGCAAGGUCCCAUAUUAAGAUGCACUCAGUGUCCUGGAUGGUGUGGCUAGCCCAGACCAGCCCAGCCCAGCCCACAGCAGUCUGCCCGUGGAUGGUAAUCUAUCUACACCGUGCUUCCUUACAGCCUGUGUGUGGAUGUUUUCUCUACAUAGUGCUUCCUUGCUUACAGUUCUCUAUACUCUGUACUUCAGCCUAUAUUCUGCUCCUCCGUAUUUUUUGAAUGUAUGGUCAGUUGUAAAAUGAUUCACACGCAAAUAAACUUGUAGACCAAAAUAUUCAAAAAAAUA